UAUUUUUUUCAGUUCCAAAGAUUUAAAAACACGAAGCUUUUAAGAAGGAUUUGUGUACAACUAUGCGUCAUAUUUUUUAAAUGUUUAAGAAAUGUGAUUUUAAUGCUAUUGCACGAAUAAUGAUACCCGAAAAAAGCCAAGAAGAUGUAUUAAUAAAAGGUUUUAAUUGUGGCUGUAAGUCUGCGACAUUCGAUUUUUAAUUUUCCAGUUCAAAAGACAAACACGUAGCUCCUAACAAUGUGACUUCUUAACAGCAGGUGGUGCCACGGACAGCGCGUUAAACAAGCCUGAAAGUUGAUACACCCUCACUAACUAGCCUAUUCGACCGAUCUACGCUAAUCUAAGUCCCGGGUAUCGCUUUAAGUAGGUUUCUGGGCCACAGAGCCUUUAUCGCGAGAACUCACGAGAUUAGACAUGGAAGGAGGAGCUUCGGUGCAACGCUGACGAAUGACGGCUCUCAGGUACUCCCGGCCUGUCUCUGCUGUUUUACGCCCAUCUGGGGCCACAGUGCACGUGCGAAAAGGUGGCUCCGCCCCUUUGCCCUCGCCUGCAUUUCUCAUGCUGCCCGCGCGCCUAGCUCGCAGGCUUCUCUGCGGCUUCUUGCGGGGACCCGCUCCCACUGUAACGCGUAACGGCGUCCGGGAGACGCUCCUCGAGAAGAGAUGCGCUACCGAUUACUCCUCCCGACACUCAGCGGGCCUGGGACGUGGCCUUCCUCGUGGCGCGACGGCGACUGGGGGUAACCCAGGAGAGGCUGACCUGGAGGAGAGUUUUCUGUUCCCUGAGUACGUCCUGGAUUCGGAGUCCGAAGCAACCCUCCAGGACCAGCUGCGGGAGCUACAGCAGCGGCAGGAAGAGGAGGAGAGACGGAUAGAGCAGCAGCGAGAGGAAAGGCGGCAGCAGAAGUUAGGCGCCGGCCGGCGGGUACACCAAGUGGUGGGGCACCCGGACCCGACGGUGCCGCCCAGCGGCCAGAACUGUUCUGGCUGCGGUGCGGAGCUGCACUGCCAGGACCCCGGCGUUCCCGGCUACCUGCCCAGCGAGAAGUUUAACAGCGCGGUGGCGGAGGAAGGGGGGCUGGAGCGGACUGUAUGCCAGCGCUGCUGGCUGCUAGUGCAUCACCGACGCGCGCUGCGCCUUCAGGUGAGCCAGGGACAGUUCCUGGAGCUGGUGAGCGCCGCGCUGCGGCGGCCCGAGCCAGCUCUUGUACUGUACAUGGUGGACCUACUGGAUCUGCCCGACACCUUGCUGCCCCACCUGCCCGCCCUGGUAGGCCCCAAGCAACUGAUCGUGCUGGGAAACAAGGUGGACCUGCUGCCCCAAGACACUCCCAACUACCGGCAGCGGCUCCGGGAGCGACUGUGGGACGAAUGUAUCGGCGCCGGGCUCCUGCCGCCCCGCGGCUACCGAAGAGCUCAACGUUCCAGUGGGGACCGGCCACGGGGCUGGGAGGACAAUGCGAAUCUUCCGUCGAAGUCCAGCACGGUGCUCAGAGACGUGCGGCUCAUCAGCGCCAAGACUGGCUAUGGAGUUGAGGAGUUGAUCUCCGCGCUCCAGCGCUCCUGGCGCUACCGGGGCGACGUCUACCUGGUUGGCUCAACCAACGCUGGCAAGUCCACUCUUUUCAAUACGCUUCUGGAGUCCGAUUAUUGCAUCGCCAAGGGCGCUGAAGCUAUCGACAGGGCCACCAUCUCUCCUUGGCCUGGUACUACAUUAAACCUUCUGAAGUUUCCUAUUUGUAACCCAACUCCUUACAGAAUGUUUCAAAGGCAAAAAAGGCUUAAAAGAGAUGCAACUGAAGCAGAAGAAGAUCUUAGUCAACAAGAACAAAAUAAACUGAAUCUCUUAAAAAAGCAUGGUUAUUUAGUAGGAAGGGUUGGGAGAACAUUCUCAUAUUCAGAAGCACAGAAGGAUAAAGCUGCCUUUGAAUUUGAUGCCGAUUCAUUUGCCUUUGACAUGGGAAAUGAACCUGUUCUGGCUGCAGAUAAAUCCACCAAACGAGUAGAACUGACCCCAGAAGAUGUGAAAGAUGCCCACUGGUUUUAUGACACCCCUGGAAUUACAAAAGAAAAUUGUAUUUUAAGUCUUCUAACAGAAAAAGAAGUAAAUAUUGUAUUGCCAACACAUUCCAUUAUUCCAAGAACUUUUAUGCUAAAACCAGGAAUGGUUCUAUUUUUGGGUGCCUUAGGCCGCAUAGAUUUUCUGAAGGGAAAUCAGUCAGCUUGGUUUACAGUUGUGGCUUCCAACUUCCUUCCUGUUCACAUUACUUCCUUGGACAAGGCAGAUACUAUGUAUCAGAAGCACGCAGGUCAUACGCUACUGAAGGUACCAGUGGGUGGAGAAGAAAGAAUGGCAGGAUUUCCUCCUCUUGUUGCUGAAGACAUCACGUUAGAUGAAGGACUUGGGGAAUCUGAAGCAGUGGCUGACAUCAAGUUCUCCUCUGCAGCAAUGGGAAGAAGAGAAGAGUGUGAAGAGCAUGCAGCUACCGUACUGAAAUGAAGGGAAGAGCUGGAAGUUGCCCACAUCACAGUGUCCAGUGGUCAAUGUUUCCAUGGCCACACCCUGCCAUGAGGAAGCUGGAGGAUGUAAACGGAAAUGCAGAGUCAGAUUUUUAUUACUUAGGGGAAGCAGCAGUGAAAGAAAUCUGGAAAACAAGUAGAAAUUUCCCUUACAUAAUCUAAAAGUGCCUGAAAAUCUUAGAAAAGGAUUUAUGUUAUAUCCUUUUGGAAUCUGAGAUCUAUUCUGCAAGGAUCAGAGCACUUCAACUAUUUUAUCAACAUUUGUCUGUAAACACUGUAAAUAAAACAUUACACCAGUCA